AUGAUACGGGUUUUGAUUGCUAUUUCCAAGGAAGUAGUGAGUGGAAGAAGUUUGGUUGGGUGGUUGAAAGAGAGAGAGAUAGGAAGAAAAUUUAUGAUGAGAAGAGAGAAAGAAAGAAGAGGAAGGUGGGGGAUUAAUGCGGAGUGGGGGAACGGAAGAGAGAUGAAAAGAAUCACUUCUGUUUUUGGAUUCGCCUUUGCUACCAAGACUCUCCCACUGACAUUGGAACCGCGUCUUACGUGGCCACGUGUUGUGAACUCUCAGCCUCUGAAACACGAGCUUGUCAAAUUUGAGAAAUUCGAUGAAACUACAAGGAGAAAGUUAAAGGGCAGAAUUAUGGAGAAAGAAAUCGCCACGUAUGCCA